CUGGACAGAGCCGUCCCCGUUGCCGAGACGCCGCUAUAAACGAACGCACUGCUUGUGUGCUCCAUUCAAAGCACGAAAGCCGCGCACGGGUAGCGGGAUGGCACGGAGAGUAGCGCGACUCGCCCUCCUCCUGCUGGGGGUCUCUCUGACAGCGACGGCAACCAAGUCGGGAGGAAAGCCUCAAGAAGACAAGGAUAAACAGAAUGAAGCGGAGAGUCCUUGUGAAGUCAAGACCGUGACCGUGUCUACCCUGCCCGUGCUCCGGGAGAACGAGUUCAGUUUCACCGGCGCUGGAUCCGGGAGCAUGGCCGGAGGGGAAUCCCGACUCUUGCUGUUCGUUAGAACUGAUGUACCUGGACAAAUCUCGGUUUUGGAUGAUCUUGACAACACCGCUCUGCCGUACUUCACGUUAGAGAUGUCAGGGACAGGUGCGGACAUCUCCCAGGUGCACUGGAAGCAGCAGUGGCUAGAGAACGGGACGCUCUUCUUUCACGUGUCCAUGAGCAGCUCGGAGCAGCUGGCGCAGGCCACGCAGCCCACGGUGCACGAGCCUUCUCAGGACCUGGAUGAGCACGUACACCUGCUACACCUCUCCGUCAUGGGUGGCCUCAUUGCCUUCCUCCUCCUUAUCCUCCUCUUCACCCUGGUGCUGUACACGCGCCAGCGUUGGUGCCGGCGCCGCCGGGCCCCGCAGAAGAGUGCCAGCACCGAGGCCACGCACGAGAUCCACUACAUCCCCUCUGUGCUGCUGGCACCCUCCCAGGGCAGGGACAGCCUCCGCGUCUCGCGGCCCCACCAGCAUGGCUCGGUGAUUGGCGUGCCCAUCCGAGAGACGCCCAUCCUGGACGACUGCGACUGCGAGGAGGAGGAGCAGCCCGGGCAGCUGCUGGACGGGAACGCGCACCUGGGGGAGGAGCUCUGUGGCCAGGGCAACCACGGCAUAGACAGCCUGGGAAAAGGAAGCAGCAGAGAGGCUAAUCAUAAGCACAACCUGGAGAACAGAGUGCUAGAUGCCAAGCAAGAGACAGUGGAGGAACUGGUGCAGAGAUUUAAGGAGACUUUCCGCACCAACACCAACAUGGAGAUCACACACUUCCAGAACGUGACAUAUGGCUCCUCCACCAGCCGCAAGAGAGGGCAGAGCCACACCCGAGUGGGCGGCGAGUGUGUGCGUCAGGGGGAUUCUGGGCCAGAUAUGGAUGACGAGAGUCAGCUGAAAUUCUACACAGAGCACCGUGGUCGUCGCCGUGGUAAAGGCUGCCCUCAGAGUCCCAUGAGUAAGGCGACCCUCACACUCAUCACCGUGAGCACAUGCGUAUUAGCCGUGGUGUACGGCACACACACCACCUGCCCCCUCACGGUCAAGGUCACCCUUCACGUCCCCGAGCACUUCGUCGCUGACGGGAGCAGCUUCGUGGUGAGCAUGGGCAGCUAUCUGGAUGUGUCAAACUGGCUGAACCCAGCCAAACUGACAUUGUACUACCAGACAAACUCGUCUUCGCAGUGGGUGCAAGAUUACUGUGGCCAGCGCACCACGGAGCCCUGUGAACAGCUGUGUGACCAGGACACAGGAGAAUGCAGCUGCCUGGAUGGCUACGCCCCUGACCCCGAACAUGAGCACCUCUGCGUCCGCACCGACUGGGGCCGCAAUGAGGGUCCAUGGCCCUAUUCGAACCUGGAGAGGGGUUAUGAUCUGGUGACAGGAGAGCAGGCCCCAGAGAAGAUAUUCAGGUCCUCCUACAGCCUGGGACAAGGCCUCUGGCUCCCGGUCAGCAAGAGCUUUGUGGUGCCACCUGUGGAGCUGUCCAUCAACCCCAUCGCCAGCUGCAAGACCGACGUGCUGGUCACCGAGGACCCGGGCGAAGUCCGGGAGGAAGCCAUGAUGUCCACUUAUUUUGAGACAGUGGAUGACUUGCUCGCUUCUUUCGGGCCUGUGAGAGACUGUUCCAAGGACAACGGCGGCUGCAGGAAGAACUUCAAGUGCGUCUCCGACAGACGGCUGGACUCCAGCGGCUGUAUGUGCCCCGAAGGCUUGCGGCCAAUGAAGGACGGCUCGGGUUGCUAUGACUACUCGCUGGGCACGGACUGCACGGAUGGUUUUAAUGGGGGCUGUGAACAGCUCUGCCUCCAGCAGCUUGUCCCCCUGCCGGAUGACCCCUCUGCAAGCAAUGUGCUCAUGUUCUGCGGGUGUGUGCAGGAGUACAAGCUGGCCGCGGACAGCCGGUCCUGCAUCCUGCUGGACGGAAGCUGCGACGGCGGCAGGUGCCCGCGGCCGGAUGCUACCUUCAAUGACACGCUGUUUGGCGAGAUGCUACGUGGUUACGAAAACAAGACGCAAAGGGUCAACCUGGGCCAGGUCUUCCAGAUGACUUUCCGGGAUAACAACUUCAUCAAGGAUUUCCCUCAGCUGGCGGACGGACUAAUGGUCAUCCCCCUACCGGUGGAAGAGCAGUGUAGAGGAGUGCUUUCUGAGCCCCUGCCAAACCUGCAACUCCUCACAGGAGACGCCCAGUUCAGCGAGGGGAUGGGCUAUCCCAUGGUGCAGCAGUGGCGUGUCCGUAGCAACCUCUACAAGGUUAAACUCAGUGCCAUCACACUGUCUACAGGCUUCUCCAAGGUGCUGAAGGCCAUGACAGCAGACAGCAGUCGUGAGGAGCUGCUCUCUUUUAUCCAGCAGUACGGCAGCCAUUACGUGUCGGAGGCUCUCUACGGAUCUGAGCUCACCUGUAACAUCUACUUCCCCAGCAAGAGGGCCCAGCAGCAGCUGUGGCUGCAGUACCAGAAAGAGACCACGGAGCAGGGGAGUCGCAGGGAGUUGAAAGCCCUGCCCUUCAUCAGCUACCUGUCCGACCUGCUCAAGAGCCAGCUGCUGUCCGACGACCUGGUAGCUGGAGUGGAGAUCCGGUGCCAGGAGGCGGGCACGUGCCCCGCCGCGUGCCACCUGUGCAGGCAGGCGGGCCGUGAGACACCGAGCCCCACACCCGCGCUUCUGGAGGUCAGCCGUGUUGUGCCUCUCUACAGUCUCAUACAGGACAACAGCACCAAAGAGGCCUUCAGGAGCGCCGCCAUGAGCUCAUACUGGUGUGCCGGCAAGGGUGACGUCAUCGACAACUGGUGCCGCUGCGACCUGAGCGCGUUCGGCAAAGACGGUCUGCCCAACUGCAGCCCCCUGCGGCAGCCUGUGCUGAGGCUGGCGCCACACCUUGAGCCCUCCAGCACAGUGGUGGCCCUGGAGUGGGUGGACAUUGAGCCUCUGAUUGGCUACAGAGUGGCAGAUUACAUCAUCCAGCACAAGCGCGUCGAAGACCCGUCAGAGGCGGAGAUUUACACAGGAGAGGUGCUGAGUCUGGUGGACGACCUUUUCUCAGGUUUGGGUUCCUCCUGUGUGGUCCCAGGAAGGAGGACAGGGGACCACCCUCACACAGUCAUCUACUCACUCAUCCUCAGGUGCCUGGAGCCUGACAGUCUCUACAAGUUUACCCUCUAUGCCGUGGACAGCCGGGGCAGUCGUUCGGAGUCCAGCUAUGUGACCGUGCGCACGUCCUGCCCAAUGGUGGAUGACAGCAGAGCAGAAGAGCUAGCGGACAAGGUGUACAACCUCUACAAUGGCUACACCAGUGGCAAGGAGCAGCAGACGGCCUACAACACGCUGAUGGAGGUCUCUCCGCCCGUGCUGUACCGGGUACAGCACCACUACAACUCGCACUACGAAAAGUUUGGAGACUUCGUCUGGAGGAGCGAGGACGAGCUCGGGCCCAGGAAAGCCCAUCUGAUUCUGAAACGUGUGGACCGGAUUAGCGCACUCUGCCGAUCUCUGCUCCGGAGUGGCUACAUCCAGAGCCGGACGGAAACUGUGCCCUACGCCAUGUGUCGCAGCGAGGAUGCGAGAGCGCCUGGCAGCGCCUGGCACCGUUCACUGCACGAGACGCGGCUCGUCUGCGUGGAGAAGCUCCUGUCCGUCCAGCGCAACGUGUACGGGAAGUCCAAGCUGCGGUGAGCCAGGCCCCACGCUGCAGACUGUCCCUCUCUCUCCUGGGUCUCUGGGCUGACCGUGGUUUUUGCUGAACCCAUACGAAACGCAGAACUGCUCGACCUUUUCACAAAAGAGAAGGGACACUCUUUUUUUUCUGCCAUUUUUUGUUUGUUUGUUUAUUUUUCAAGUGAGCAGGUAGCAAGUGCAGCUUGGAGAAGAAUCACUGUUUUUUUUUGUUUUGGGUUUUUUGGGGGGUUUUCUGUCUACUGGAAGGACCCAUAGCCAACGUGUGCAGGUCCGGCGGACUGUGGGCACCCUCGCGGACUGAAGGACAGCUUCCCGCAUCAUGGUGCUGCAAAUCUCAAACACCAGGAGGACGAUGAGCCCAGACCCCUGUCUAACAUAUCGCUAGGACAGAGAAUGCGUGAGCUCAUCUGACACCUCAACCGCAACGCAAAGGCCUGAUUCAUCUUGAAUGCAACUCAGUGGCCUCAUCAAGUAACUCUUAACCAUCAAGGGGAAUUUACUGGACGUCCAUGCCAUCCAUCUUGCCAUCGCUGUCCAACGUCAAACGGGAGCAGCGUUUGUGUUCAUUUUCACCGGCUAGCCUUUCCAAGACAUGCUACCCCAAACAGAGUGCUUGAGCUGUAUGAUCCGGCCUGCUUCAGAUCUAGCUUCGUAAUUUGUAGUAGCCAUGGGUGCAGGAUUUUAAAGGGAGAAGAAUAUGAAUUAUUGGGGUUAGUCAUCAGCUCUAUCACUGGGUGAGGAGGUCAUAGUCUAUUGUUAAAAACUAUUUUAUAACUGGUAAUACAAACUGAAUAAGCACUGUCGAAAAAAUACGAGUUGUCACAUGGCGAAAUUAACCAAAAGGUAACAAACUAGCCUCAGCACAUUUUUUGAGUAAUUUUCAUUUCAUGUUAUUCCGAUUGUGAUAGUAAAUUAUACUAUUGUAUAUAAAAUUGUAAAUACAGUAUGUACUAAGUCAAUAUGAUUGUCUUUUUUGGGGAAAGCUCUAUUAAAUAUGUACACUGGAACUCUA